AUGCUUCUCCCCGCGGCAUACCUCCUCUCCUUCUCGUCGAGCGUAGCACUCGCCGCCGUAUCGGUCUCCGACCCCGGCGACUCCGCCGACCUCGCGGCGGACGCCUCUGACAACGCCAUCAAAGCCGUCUACGACAUCGAAGCGAUCCUCUACCAGACCAACGACAUCGUCGGCCCAUACGAAUACGCCAACGGCAACGACACCACCCUCGACCACACGACCCUCGGCGUCGCCGCCAACGACACCUCCGUCAUCGUCGCGACCGAAGGCACGCACCUCAACCUCUCCCACGUCGACAUCACCAAGCACGGCUACUCCAGCAACCUCUACCAAGCCUCCUUCUACGGCCUCAACGCCGCCAUCAACAUCGCCAACGCCUCCACCGCCCACAUCGCCCACACAACCAUCACCACCCACAACGGCGCCGCCAACCUCUUCGCCUACGGCGCCGACACCGUCGCCCACAUCACCGCCUCCACCCUCUACUCCUCCGGCCCCGUCGCCCACGGCCUCUACGCCGCCGGCAACGCCACCAUCCUCGCGUCCGGCAUCGCCCACGCCAGCGGCGGCAACCGCUGUUCGUCCUUCGCCGGCGACAACCCCGCCGGCACCGUCAACGUCUCGUCCAGCGUCGCGCACACGUCGGGCGUCGGCUCCGCCCUCUUCUACGCCCUCGGCGCCGUCGCCGGCGUCGACGUCGUCGGCGUCGCCGAGAAGGCGCCCGCCCUCUUCGCUGAUGGCCCGCAGACGGCGUAUUUCGAGCGCGUGGCGUUCACGGCGGGGUUGUUGGCCGGGACGGUCGUGUUUUCGAGCGCGGAGAGGGGGGCGGAGGCGGCGCGCGUGGCGUUUGUCGAUUCGACGCUCAACGUGACGCAUCCGGACGCGCCGGGGUUGUGGUUCGGGAACGUUGUCGCGGUCGCGUCGCUGCGCGGGACGGAGGUGAAGACGGCGUCCGGGGUGCUGGUGGUGGCGAACAGUUCGCAGGUGACGCAGGAGUUUUCGUAUUUUGCGGGGGCGGAGGAGAACAGCGCGAUCUUGCCGGCGGUGGUGGAGGUCGGGGUGGCGGAGAGCGGGUUGGUGGGGGAUGUCGUCGUGUAUAAUGGGAGUAGGGUGGGGUGGGGGUUGAGCGAGCAUUCGACGUGGACGGGGAAGGUGGUGCUGGCGGGGGAGGGGGUGGAUGGGAGCGUGGAUGUGGCGCUGGAUGCGACGAGCAGGUGGGUUGUGACGGGGGAUUCGGUCGUGGGCAAUUUCACGGAUGAGGACGAGGGGCUGGCGAAUGUGGUGAGUGCCGGGUUUGCGGUGAGGUACGAUGCUUCUGCCGAGGGGAACGCGUGGCUAAAUGGGAGCACGUUUGCCCUGGAGGGUGGAGGGUCGUUGAUGCCGGUCUGA